AUGUCGCUGGUGAAAGGCGGGGACGCGUUCCAGCGCAUGAACUUUCUGUAUCAGGUUGCGAGCAAAGUUUUGGAGCAGGAUCCGUCGGCCGGCAAGCUUGCCUCGUUCUACGGUCAUGUGCUGCACAUGAUAUCUCGACGCGUUCAGGCCAAACUUGACCCCAGCAUAAAACGCAGUCUGUGCAAGAAAUGUAGCGUCCUCCUCUGUCCUGGAGUCACCUGCACAGAACGCCUGAGAGCCUCAGCUCAACGAGGUCAGCGCCUCGUUGUCACCUGCCUUCGGUGCGGCACCAUCAAGCGGUUUCCUACCAAGCGGGGCUACCAGUUGUGGUACGACAAGGCAGAAGCCCUUGGCAACCAAGCCAUUGUUGCCGCUAAAGAUAGUGCUGCUUCGACUGCCAACACAGGUUCAACGGACAAGGCAGCACCGACAGCCAGUGCAACAAACUAG